AUGAGACGGCGGGGCUGCCGACAGGAUUACAAAAAACCCCGGCAUUUGCCGGCAGAACCAGUUCCCGGUAUGAAAGCAGAACCAGAUGGGAGCAACGCCCGUUAUUUUCAUGUGGUCAUUGCUGGUCCUCAAGAUUCCUCCUCUGAGGGAGGGACUUUUAAACUUCAACUAUUCCUUCCAGAAGAAUACCCAGUGGCAGCCCGUGAAGUAUGUUUCAUGGCCAAAAUUUAUCACCCUAAUGUAGACAAGUUGGGAAGAAUAUGUUUAGAUAUUUCGAAAGAUAAGUGGUCCCCAGCACUGCAGAUCCGCACAGUUCUGCUAUGGAGCCAGGCUUUGUUAAGUGCUCCCAAUCCAGAUGAUCCAUUAGCAAAUGAUAAACCUGAGCAGUGGAAGACCAGCAAAGCCCAAGCCACAGAAACAGCUAGAGCACGGACUUGGCUACAUGCCAUCAAUAUGUAA